GCGCCUCCUGCCCACGAAGUAUCGAGACCGUCGCUCGACCGUCAGUAGUCCGUCGGCGACGACGAAGUGAGCACGGCUGUGAUGCCACGUGUGUUAGUGCGGUAGUGCAGUGGGGCACAGGCCCAAUCGUUCGAAAAUAGAAAACGGAAAAAUUGACCCCCAGAUGGGAGUAUACGAGGAGAGGGGAGCGAUGCACUGGCAACAGAGUGAGCGGUACCUGCCUUCGGCGUACGAGCAAGGGGGCGAGUUGUCGCCGGUGGCGACGGCGACGUCGCCGGCCUCCCCCCGCGACUGCACCUCGUGCCGCAAGCGCGAGCCGCCGGACGAGCCCCCCGCGCCCCCGCCGGAAGAGGCGUGCGCUGGCUGCGGCUCCCGCAUCACCGACAGGUUCUACCUCCUGGCCCUCGAGCGCCGCUGGCACACCCCCUGCCUCAGGUGCUGCGAGUGCAAGAUGCCCCUCGACUCCGAACAACGAUGUUACGCUCGCGACAGCAAUAUUUUCUGCAAAAACGAUUAUUUCAGGUUAUACGGUUCUAAGCGAUGCGCUCGCUGCAACACACCGAUCUCCGCGUCGGAGCUGGUGAUGCGUGCCCGGGACCUCGUGUUCCACGUGCAUUGCUUCUCCUGCGCUCUCUGCAGCACGCCUCUCACUAAAGGCGACACGUUCGGUAUUAGAGAGUCUGCAGUGUAUUGCAGUCUGCAUUAUGAAACUAUGCCGGACUACGUGCCUCACAUGUCGGUCCCCGGACCUCCUCAAAUGUGUCCUGGGCCUUACGGGGGGCCGCCACCGGGUUCACAUUACCCACCUCUAACAAUUUCAAUGUGUUACAUUGAGCAGCGUGAAUCUUCUCUUCUCGUAUCAGAUCUGAAUCCCGAUUACCUGGAGAUGGGAUUCCGCGGCGGCGGCGGUCUGGGCGCCACUUCGCGCACCAAGCGCAUGCGCACCAGCUUCAAGCACCACCAGCUGCGGACUAUGAAGUCAUACUUUGCUAUCAACCACAACCCUGAUGCUAAGGAUUUGAAACAACUCAGCCAGAAAACAGGUCUCCCUAAGAGAGUUUUACAGGUGUGGUUUCAGAACGCUCGUGCGAAAUGGCGGCGAAUGGUGACGAAGCAGGAAAACAAGAUGGCGGAGAAGUGCUCUCCGGACGCGACGCUAGAGAUGGAAAUGUACCACGGGCCCAUGUCGCUGCCUCCACACAGUCCGCCGUACAGCGUCAUCGGGGGCCCACCCAGUCCCAACUCUAUGGACUGUCCAUAGCCACAAUUUUGCGCUUUAUAAGCGCUACGAGACUGGACGAUGCAUUAAAAAGUGGAAUAUUCAAUCGCGCUCUCAAUCGAUCGUGUAGAAUGCUAGUGGACUUCACAAGUGUCGGUCACUUGGUCAAAUAUGUUUAGUGGACUCUGUAUAAAAUUGAUUGAUGGAAGAAAGUGAAAUGAAUAUCAAAUGUAAAAAUAUGUGGGAUAUUUAGUGUUUAGCAUAGUCUAUAACUGUAUCUUUGCUCCAUGUUGUUUGGUUAUAAAACUGCACAAUUUAUCUGAGAAAACUCAAAGUUUCAUGCACCAGUUUCAAAUAUGUGAUUUCUUUUUAAAUCAAAGUGUUUAUUUUUUAUGUUCGUUUCUAUGGAAUCAUUGUAAAUUGAUAAACCCAUUCUUAUAUUAUAGAAUCUCUGUUUAUCAAGGAUAUAGGGAUUAUUCUUGUGAAUAACUUCUGCAAAAUGAUUCUGCAUUUAUUUAUUCAAUAAUAGUGAUGCACUUGUAGCGGGUUUAAAAGAGGAAGAAAUGUAAUACAUCCUCUUCGAACAUCGAUGCUAAAAUUAGACGGCUUGUUGUUUUUAUUAUGCUUAUAAUGCAGUUUGCAGAAAGAAUUGUAGCAAUAAAGAUAUUAACUCUCUGUAUAGAGACAUAGUGGUGGGCAUAUAACUACGAUGAAUAUCGAUUUAUUAAUAUAUACUAUUUAUUUAUUGAACUUUAAUAUUUAAUUAGAUUAAGAAGAAAUGUAAGACGUAGAUAUAUGUGAAUCUUUUCCAUAGAUAAUAAUUAUUAUUAACUAUUUAAAGACGCGGAUAAGUAAUAAUAAACGAUUAAACGAACAUGUGAACUAUACAUAAACCUAAAUGUAUAUGUUUGAAAAAUAUGCACAUUAAAGUAGUGAUAAGCAAUAAAUUAUGAUAUAUCGGUGAGUCAACUGUCGUAACACGUGAAAUAAAAUAUUACCAUCAACCUCAGUAUCUUUAAAUAAAACAAAGAUGUCAAAAAUGUCAUUCACGUAUGUUACGACAGAAAUUCACGCAUUCAGCUAAGUACACGCACUUGUAGUUCCUCUAUUGUAUAAAUUGAUAAGACAUUACUAAAGUUACAACUUACGGUAACAUAUAAUUAUAGAAGCCGAUUAAUUAAAUUAUCCUAUUAUUCAUUGUGUAGGUAAAAUAAGAAAAUAGUAGCCUUCUGUGUAAUGUGUAAAUGAUGUGCGUUAGGAGCUAACGAGAAUCUCAAAUAGUAAGCACUCCAACCAAUGUAUACCUGGAUAUUGUAUUCCUGUCACUAUAACAAAUUAUAACGAAUCUGUUAAUAAAAUAUUUCGAACUAUAAA